AUGCAAUCAAUCAAGCAAGAGGUGGACUCUGCUGAGUCGUACACUGGAGACGAUGCACUGGUAUUUGCUGUGGCCUUACAGGGAGCUAAUCCAGACCUAUUGGGCCAUCAACUUCCUGCAUUGCCGUUCAAGCCUAAAACAACUUGUCGUAGAAAAAGGGAAUUUAUUCCCGAGGAAAAGAAAGAUCACCAGUACUGGGAGAGACGGCGAAAAAACAAUGAGGCUGCCAAACGCUCAAGAGAAAAACGGCGCAUCAACGAUAUAGUACUUGAGAACAAACUGCUGGAACUGGGAGAGGAGAAUGCUUCUCUAAAGGCAGAGCUUUUGUCUCUCAAACUAAAGUUUGGUCUUCUUAGCUCAGAAGCCUACUCACAAGAAGUACAGAAACUUGCCAAUGUGACCAGCUCAAACCUUUACCAGGAGUUUAUAAGCCAAUGUAGUAGCCACACAGCCACAACAGAGCCACAAAUGCGCAGCAGCUGCAUAUCAGUCAUAAAGCAUUCACCACACAGCCUCUUCUCUGACAGGGCAGUCAGUACGAGUACAGCAGUCCAGGACAAUCGGAAUAUCUGCAGGGAUUUAGGUGUCAAGCAGGAACCAGCAGGGAUCUACACGCAGGAGAGCAGCAGUCCUUAUGACGUGUUCAGGACACACAUGGCUAGUGACACACCGCCCACUUCAUUUGUGCAGAUGAGUUGUUUGUCUAGUGAUUCGCCUGGCAGCUCUGAGGAUGGAGGUGUGAGCAAGUCCUCAGAUGGGGAGGACGAGCAGCAGGUACCCAAAGGACCGCCAGCAGACCCCACAAGUGUCAUUGUGUCCACCCAUAAAGUGCCAGAUGCAAACGGAGCAUCUGCUUUGCCUCACAAACUGCGAAUAAAGGCUAGGACCAUCCCAAUCAAAGUAGAGGCCAUGGACCUAGAAUAUGAGGCUUCUGGAGUGUCCUCUGACCACAAUAACGGAGACGUUUAUGAGAGUGCUCAAGACUGCCCUACUUCAUCCAUGUGUGAUUUGUCCGUGCAGCUGGAUCACAUGCAUAACUGGACCCCACAGCCUGAGUCAUGGCAGAGAAAUCUAAACUAUGGUUUAAACUCCUCCUAUGCACACUUGGCCUCUGAGGAAGCAACGCUGAUGGCACGACACCAGAAUUCUGUGAUAGAAACUGCCAAAGGUGGUGUUGAACACCAUAGUUAUCUAAAGGAAAUUCCUUAA